UCCUGCACAAGGCUGGAGACCUCAACCCGCAGCGACACAUGGACCCUGCUGGGGCCGGGGCCGAGUUCCACAUCCCCAGUGUGGGCCGGCAGCACGGAGGGAGCUACAGCUGCAGCUACCGUCCCCGGUCAGAGCCCUUCGUCUCCUCGCUGCCCAGUGACCCCGUGGAGCUGGUGGUAGCAGAGCCCAGCUACCCCAAACCCAACAUCACCGUGCAGAGCAGCAGCUGGGGAGUCUCCCUGGGAGGAGUCGUGACCAUCUGGUGUCGGGGGCAGCGCCAGGGCGUGCGGUUCGUGCUGAAUAAAGAGGGACGCCAUUUCCCACCUGUGGAUUCGGUCGGGUUGGUGGCUGAGUUUCCCAUCAGCAACGUGAGCCGGGAGGAUGGCGGGAGCUACAGCUGCUCCUAUCACAGCAGAUCGGAGCCGUUCGCCGUGUCGUACCCCAGCGACCCCGUGGAGCUGGUGGUGAGAGAUCCCAGCUUACCCAGACUCAACAUCUCCCUGAGCCCCACCGGGGUCAUUGCCCCAGAGGCAAACGUCACCAUCCGGUGUCAGGGGCAGAACCGGGAUGUGAGGUUCUUCCUGCACAAGGCUGGAGACCGGAACCCGCAGCGACACAUGGGCCCUGCUGGGGCCGGGCCCGAGUUCCGCAUCCCCAGCGUGGGCCGGCAGCACGGAGGGAACUACAGCUGCAGCUACCGGCCCCGGUCAGAGCCCUUCGUCUCUUCGCUGCCCAGCAACACCGUGCAGCUGGUGGUAGCAGAGCGUGAAUUUCUCAAACCCACCAUCUGGGUGAGCCCCAGCAGGGUGGUGGCGCUCGGGGGAAACGUCACCAUCCGCUGUGAGGGUCAGGACCCGGGCAUGGAGUUCGUUCUGCAUAAAGUUGGACACCCGAACAUGCAGGUGCAGACGGUGCCUCAUGGGCCCGUGGCUGAAUUUCCCAUCCCCAGUGUCAGCCGGGAAGAUGGAGGGAACUACACCUGCGACUAUCGCUCCAUAACGGAACCGAGUCGCUGGUCGUAUCCCAGCGACCCCGUCGAGAUCAUUGUAGCAGAGCCCAGCUACCCCAAACCCAACAUCACCCUGCAGAGCCGCAGCUGGGGGGUCUCCCUGGGAGGAGCCGUGACCAUCUGGUGUCGGGGGCAGCACCAGGGCAUGCGGUUCGUGCUGAAUAAAGAGCGACGCCGUUUCCCACCUGUGGUUUCGGUCGGGAUGGAGGCUGAGUUUCCCAUCAGCAAUGUGAGCCGGGAGCACAGCGGGAGCUACAGCUGCUUCUAUCACAGCAAAUCGGAGCCGUUCAACGUGUCGUACCCCAGCGACCCCGUGGAGCUGGUGGUGAGAGAGCGUGAAUUUCUCAAACCCACCAUCUGGGUGAGCCCCAGCAGGGUGGUGGCGCUCGGGGGAAACGUCACCAUCCGCUGUGAGGGUCAGGACCCGGGCAUGGAGUUUGUUCUGCGUAAAGUUGGACACCCGAACAUGCAGGUGCAGAUGGUGCCUCAUGGACCCGUGGCUGAAUUUCCCAUCUCCAGUGUCAGCCAGGAAGAUGGAGGGAGCUACACCUGCGACUAUCGCUCCAUAACGGAACCGAGUCGCUGGUCGUAUCCCAGCGACCCCGUCGAGAUCAUUGUAGCAGAGCCCAGCUACCCCAAACCCAACAUCACCCUGCAGAGCCGCAGCUGGGGGGUCUCCCUGGGAGGAGCCGUGACCAUCUGGUGUCGGGGGCAGCGCCAGGACGUGCGGUUCGUGCUGAAUAAAGAGCGACGUCAUUUCCCACCUGUGGAUUCGGUCGAGAUGGAGGCUGAGUUUCCCAUCAGCAACGUGAGCCGGGAGAACAGCGGGAGCUACAACUGCUUCUAUCACAGCAAAUCGGAGCCGUUCAACGUGUCGUACCCCAGCGACCCCGUGGAGCUGGUGGUGAGAGAUCCCAGCUUACCCAGACCCUCCAUCUCCCUGAGCCCCACUGGGGUCAGCGCCCCAGGGGCAGACGUCACCAUCCAGUGUCAGGGGCAGCGCCGGGACGUGAGGUUCUUCCUGCACAAGGCUGCAGACCUGAACCCGCAGCGACACCUGGACCCUGCUGGGGACGGGGCCGAGUUCCGCAUCCCCAGCGUGGGCCGGCAGCACGGAGGGAGCUACAGCUGCAGCUACCGGCCCCGGUCAGAGCCCUUCGUCUCCUCAGAGCCCAGCGACCCCGUGCAGCUGGUGGUAGCAGAACGUGAAUUUCUCAAACCCACCAUCUGGGUGAGCCCCAGCAGGGUGGUGGCGCUCGGGGGAAACGUCACCAUCCACUGUGAGGGUCAGGACCCGGGCAUGGAGUUCGUUCUGCGUAAAGCUGGACACCCGAACCCGCAGGUGCAGACGGUGCCUCAUGGGCCCGUGGCUGAAUUUCCCAUCGCCAGUGUCAGCCGGGAAGAUGGAGGGACCUACACCUGCGAAUAUCGCUCCAUAACGGAACAGAGUCGCUGGUCAUAUCUGAGCGACCCCGUCGAGAUCAUUGUAGGAGAGCCCAGCUACCCCAAACCCAGCAUCUCCCUGAGCCCCAGCGGGGGGGUCUCCCUGGGGGGAGCCGUGACCGUCCAGUGUUGGGGGCAGCACCAGAGCGUGCGGUUCGUGCUGAAUAAAGCGGGACGUCAUUUCCCACCUGUGGAUUCGGAUGGGUUGGAGGUUGUGUUUUCCGUCAGCAACGUGAGCCGGGAUCUUGGCGGGAGCUACAGCUGCUCCUAUCACAGCAGAUCGGAGCCGUUCACUGUGUCGGACCCCAGCGACCCCGUGGAGCUGGUGGUGAGAGAUCCCAGCUUACCCAGACCCUCCAUCUCCCUGAUCCCCACUUGGGUCAACGCCCCAGGGGCAGACGUCACCAUCCGGUGUGAGGGGCAGCACCAGGACAUGAGGUUCUUCCUGCACAAGGCUGGAGACCUGAACCCGCAGCGACACAUGGACCCUGCUGGGGCCGGGGCCGAGUUCCGCAUCCCCAGCAUGGGCCAGCAGCACGGAGGGAACUACAGCUGCAGCUACCAGCCCCGGUCAGAGCCCUUUGUCUCCUCGCAGCCCAGCGACCCUGUGCAGCUGGUGGUAGCAGGGGGAAAUGACCUGACUCAGCCGGGAACGACACCGGCUUCCACCCGCCCAGGCACCGCAAGGCCAGGGGGAACCGACCCGACUCAGUCAGAAACAGCACCGACUUCCCCCUGCUCAGGCAGCGCAGGGCCAGAUACCGAGUCUAAGGGCAGUGAAUCGCCAUCAACCACCCCAAAAACAGGAACCACCUCAGCUGGGCCCAAGCAGCUGAAUCCCACCACGACGGAGCCAGAUGGAAAAGGGGGAAACAACCUGACUCAGCCGGGAACGACACCGGCUUCCACCCGCCCAGGCACCACAAGGCCAGGGGGAACCGACCCGACUCCGUCAGAAACAGCACCGAUGUCCCCCUACUCAGGCAGCGCAGGGCCAGAUACCGAGUCUAAGGGCAGUGAAUCGCCAUCAACCACCCCAAAAACAGAAGGAACCAACUCAGCUGGGCCCAAGCAGCUGAAUCCCACCACGACGGAGCCAGAUGGAAAAGGGGGAAACGACCUGACUCAGCCGGGAACGACACCGGCUUCCACCCGCCCAGGCACCACAAGGCCAGGGGGAACCGACCCGACUCCGUCAGAAACAGCACCGACUUCCCCCUACUCAGGCAGUGCAGGGCCAGAUACCGAGUUUAAGGGCAGUGAAUCGCCAUCAACCACCCCAAAAACAGAAGGAACCACCUCAGCUGGGCCCAAGCAGCUGAAUCCCACCAAGACGGAGCCAGAUGGAAAAGGGGGAACCGACCCGACUCCGUCAGAAACAGCACCGACUUCCCCCUACUCAGGCAGCGCAGGGCCAGAUACCGAGUCUAAGGGCAGUGAAUCGCCAUCAACCACCCCAAAAACAGGGGGAACCGACCCGACUCAGUCAGAAACAGCACCGACUUCCCCCUACUCAGGCAGCGCAGGGCCAGCUACCGAGUCUAAGGGCAGUGAAUCGCCAUCAACCACCCCAAAAACAGCUCGUUCUCAUCCCACAGAAGGAACCACCUCAGCUGGGCCCAAGCAGCUGAAUCCCACCACGACGGAGCCAGAUGGAAAAGGGGGAACCGACCCGACUCAGUCAGAAACAGCACCGACUUCCCCCUGCUCAGGCAGCGCAGGGCCAGAUACCGAGUCUAAGGGCAGUGAAUCGCCAUCAACCACCCCAAAAACAGAAGGAACCACCUCAGCUGGGCCCAAGCAGCUGAAUCCCACCACGAUGGAGCCAGAUGGAAAAGGCAGAAACGACCUGACUCAGCCGGCAACGACACCGGCUUCCACCCGCCCAGGCACCACAAGGCCAGGGGAAACCGACCCGACUCAGUCAGAAACAGCACCGACUUCCCCCUACUCAGGCAGCGCAGGGCCAGAUACCGAGUCUAAGGGCAGUGAAUCGCCAUCAACCACCCCAAAAACAGAAGGAACCACCUCAGCUGGGCCCAAGCAGCUGAAUCCCACCACGACGGAGCCAGAUGUAAAAGGCAGAAACGACCUGACUCAGCCGGGAAUGACACCGGCUUCCACCCGCCCAGGCACCACAAGGCCAGGGGGAACCGACCCGACUCAGUCAGAAACAGCACCGACUUCCCCCUCCUCAGGCAGCGCAGGGCCAGCUACCGAGUCUAAGGGCAGUGAAUCGCCAUCAACCACCCCAAAAACAGAAGGAACCACCUCAGCUGGGCCCAAGCAGCUGAAUCCCACCACGACGGAGCCAGAUGGAAAAGACGCUGGUUCUAUUCCCACAGGGGGAACCGACCCGACUCAGUCAGAAACAGCACCGACUUCCUCCUGCUCAGGCAGCGCAGGGCCAGCUACCGAGUCUAAGGGCAGUGAAUCGCCAUCAACCACCCCAAAAACAGAAGGAACCACCUCAGCUGGGCCCAAGCAGCUGAAUCCCACCACGACGGAGCCAGAUGGAAAAGGGCGAUCAGAACUGAAGCUGAGCAUCCCCAUCAUCGCCGCCGGCCUCCUCCUCCUCCUCCUCCUCCUGGCCUUCCUCUGCUACAGACGAACCCGAGGAAGGAAAGGACGAUUCUGGAUACAGAGCAGGGAGUCCGAGCCUGCAACCACAGUCUACACCCUCCUGGGUGAAGGGACGCAGCUGGAUGUCUUGCCCCAGGAGCCCGACCCCGUCGCCGAGGGACACACCUACACCGAGCUGGACCGCCAGGCACUUCAGGCCAAGCGGGGGGGCCCGGCCCCUGCCCCCAAGCCCGUCCUGUACACCGCCAUCGAUGUCAACUAGGAGCCCCAUGGGCAGAGCCCCUGCGGUGCAGGGGAGCCCCCCACCCACCCGCAUAGCGUGAACCCAGGGGGAGUUAUCACAGCGACGGGGCAGGGAGCGUUAGCAACCGGGGGUAACAGAGUGAUUCCCCCCCGAUAAUGGGCUUGGCUUAUAGCCCCCCCAUAACCCUCCCUCCAGUUGGUUCUGCCCCACCCAGCCCCAUGGGUGGGUGGCCAGGGGGGCUCAGCACCAGGAGGGGGAGGGGAUGUGCUGAG